AUGAAUCCGGCCGUUCCUCCCCGUGACGAUAUAUUAAUCAAAAUUGAAAUAGCAACGGGGUAUACUUUCACCAACCCGGUGUUCUGCCUCAAGGCUCUUCAGACAGCUGGUUGUGCUACAGCCGGUGGGCAAAAAUCCCUGGCCCAAGUCGGAGAUGCUGCCUUGAGGCUAGCUCUGGUGACGAUUGGCUACGGAAAAGGAGCUUCAAGAGGACAGAUCGAUAGCGCAUUAAGAACCAAAGCAUCGAAUUCUCAUCUCGCUGAUCAGGGCUUCAAGAGAGGCUUCGAUGGAUGUGUGUAUCGAAUCGGGGGAGUCGACGUUUCUAUGAAAAUGAUGGCUACCGCAGUCCAAGCCGUCCUUGGUGCUGUGUUUCUGGACUGCAACAAAAACAUCUAUCGAUCGCCAACUCCGUAUCCCGAUGAUUAG